CUCGCCGCCUCUGGUGUGAACGUACGGUUAGGGUAGAUAGCGAGUGGAUGUUAAAAGUGAAGUAGAACACAGCCCUAUUUCCAACUCCACCGCACACAUCAUUUUAAUAAUCAUUUCUCAACGUAGGAUUGGAGGGGAAGUGUCAUAUUAAUUCAUGAGUAAGCGAUGCCUGAUUUGACUUUCCAGUAACCGUGCGUUCACAGAGGCGGCGAGAGCGUCAAAUCGACCGGAAGUCAUUAAUUUUCAAUGACAGCCAGCGUCUCUCGGCGGCGAGAAGCGGCGCGGCGAGUCUGGUGUGGGCGUCAGAUGAAAGUUCAAGUGCAGUCAACAUUAUGGUAAUAAGCUGUGACGCGGUUCGGGAAGUGCUCCGCUCUAGCGAAGUGUAAACUUUGGUUCCCACCAAACAUCAGUUCCGAAGAUAAAAUGGAGGGGAAACUAAUUAUUGCAGUGGCGGGUUUCCCAGUAAUAUCCCAGACAGCACGUUCAGUCUUACCAACGUUGGCAAUUGGAGGGCACCAGCGGCAAAGGAUCGGGAGGUAUAGCUGUGGACCCACCGUUUAUGAUCAUGCCCAUCUCGGCCACGCGUGCACAUAUGUCAGAUUUGACAUUCUGCAAAGGAUUUUAUCCAGACUCUUUGGAAUUAAUGUCAUCCAUGUCAUGGUCAUCACUGACAUUGAUGAUAAAAUCAUACAGAGAAGCCUUGAGGAAAAUAUCUCGCCCACCAUUCUUGCAAGAAUGUAUGAGGAGGACUUCAAGAGGGACAUGCAGGCACUGCGGGUUCUUCCUCCAGCUGUAUACAUGAGGGUGACUGAAAACAUAUCUCACAUCAUAGCUUUCACAGAGCGCAUUAUUGGAAAUGGACAUGCCUAUGUUACAAGUCAAGUGUGUAAACAUUCGCUCGUUAUGGAUGAACAAGACCGUGAAAAACGGACGGUAAAAAUGACUGAGAAAGCUGUGGAAGAACACAAGUCCAGACAACUUCAUGCACGCAGGUAUAAGCUAUCCCAGCUAACGAGCAUGAUAAAGCAAAUUGAGCAAUUAAUGGAAGAUGAUGCAAAUGCUGACAUCGUUAAAAAUAAAUUGCGUGUGGACUUCAGUGGUUUGCAACAAGAAUUGGCCGACUUAAAUUCAGUUUUGAGAAGAUUUAUGUCUGAUGAAGAAUUCUUGGAUGAUCAAAGGAAUUGGUUUGAUCUUAAAAAUAAGUCAAUAAAUGAUUUCUUCUGGAAAUGUGAGGAAUGGAUGAAAGAGGUCAUGAAACGCUCUGAGCAGGCUGAAGAGUGUGAUAAACGCCGUAAUGCCCACAGAUAG